CUUUAUAAAUAAUACAUAAAAUAUUUUCGUAGACAUGUUAUUUUGCUAAGGUUUUCUGUAAACGAUAAAACAUUUAGCUGAUUGGUAUUUGGUGACUUGGUACGACAUGACAUGAGACUAGAUAGAGUUUGUCUUAGUACUAAUUUAAAACUGUAAUGUUAGUGCAAACCUUAGUGUAUACUGUAUAGACACGGCGAUAGUGUGAGGAAAGAGACAGGUGGUGAAAAAAGUUAUUGAAAAUCUGUCAAUCAAAAAAACUAAAAUUGUGAAUGUGUGCAAUUACAGCAUAAUAUUGUGAAUUUCUUACGACGUGACGAAAUUUCAGGUAACUAUGAAAGGUUUGAAGUGUUAAAUAAUCUCGAAGUGUAUGUUAUGGCUCCUGGUAACAACGAGCGGCAUACAGGUCACACGGGCACCAUACCCAAAACAAAAGCAAGGAACAACUGCAAUGUACCUCAAGAAGCCGUCACGCCUACAAGGAGAGAUAUGACGACAAAUCUGGUGUCGACUUCUCUUGACUGGGUGCCUGUGUCAGAAUAUAACAGUAGAACCAAUUACAGCCAGACAAGGAAAUUAACUAAUAAUACAUCUGAUCAAGAAUUGACAGAUUUAGACAACUCUGUGUCCUUUGAAAGUGGAUUUGGUAGAUUUGUACCUGUUAGGCCUCAACCCCGUGCUUUACCAUUAAAUGGGCAAAGCAGAGAUAAUAUAGUGUCUGAACAGCAUGAAGAUGGAACUGGAUCUACUAUCUCUGGACAUAGUCUGCAUCCCUAUGCUCAUCAAAUGCAAAAUGGAUUAAUUCCUCAUUCUAAUCAUGCAGCUGCUGCUGUUAUGAUUGUAAAUCCUACAACACCAAAUGCCGUAACUGGGAAUGUUUCGCAACCAUUUAACGCUUCCAAUCAGAACAGAAAUAAUCUCUCAAGAAAUAUAAACUCAUCACGAAAUAACUUUGAUGGUAAUAAUCACUUAAGCGCUAAUAACAGUACUCCACCAAUAUCGAACUCUAGAUCUGGAACUAAAGCUAUCAAUUUAAUGAACAAUAUGUAUGAACAAGGGCAAGGGAGCUUUAAUAAUCUCAAUGAUUCUAAUCAUGUACAUAGAGAAUCCGCCCGAGCACUCGGGGAAGCAAUAGUUGCGGCCUGUCCCGACGCCGCAGCGGUAGAGAGACGCCUCGGACAGAUUCGAGAGUACAUAAGAGUUACAUCUUCUUUAGUCGACACUAUGCGCAAUUCAGAAGAUGAGGCUUUUAUUGAACAUACAAAAGAAGAAUAUGAUGAAUUAGUCGAAAUGGUAAUGAAAUUAAAAGAAAGUGAAGAAAACUUAGAAAAAAUGCUGAUAGAGAAAAGACCAGAUAAUAUUGAAGUUCCUGCUGAAGAAAUAGGCGGACCUAUCGCAAUUGCACAGGCAAGUAAUGGUGGACAUAAAACUAAAAACGAAGACAAUUCUGAUAGUAAUUUGAAUCAAGACAAAACAUGUAAUGUCAAUAAUAAUCGAGAUAAUACAAUGUUUAACAACAAUCUAAAAAAGGUUACCAAUAUUGAAAAUGAACAACUGAAUAAAUCCAUGCAUAGCAUCGUUAUUGAAGAAGAAACCACAGCACUAGACAACAAGAUAAGUGAUACGGAAAAUACACAGGAGCAGGGUUCGGACACCAUUGAAAUAACAGAGAUUACAAAUGAAAACAACAAUCCCGAAAUUUCUAAACUAGAUCCCCCCAACAACGAAUCAGAAAUAAAAAAAGAUGAUCAACAGUUAAAUGACAUACUUCGGAGAAAUAUAUUAUCAUGUGUGCAAAAAGUUGCGCUCAUUGAAGAAAUAAAAAGUAAAAAUAAAGAUGCUAAUAAACAAGAUGAUCAGGAUAUAGUGACGCGACCAGUAUCAGUUCAAAGUAAUGGCUCUGCAUACAGUGAGAAUGAACUUUGGCAGAAUGAAAUUAAAAAUAAAAUGGAAUUGUCUCAAAUGCGCCUUGCGGCACUCAAACAACAACAAAAGAGACUUCUUAAAUACCAGGAGGAAGCUAAGCAACAACUAGAAGAAAUUCAUAGGGAGAGACAAUCUCAAGAAGUACAACCCUCUACAUCACAUGACAAUUUUUCAGUUAUGCAAAACCAGGCAUUCAGUGGCAAUUACCAUCAUGCAAAUCGUAUGUAUGCGGCCAACCAAAUCGGUGUAGCGACCACACUGCCACACACGGCGGAGACAUUACACGGACAGCAGAACAUGACAAACAACGUGGACAAUGAUCAUCUACAUUCAACUCAUUCGACGCACAGUCAAGAUGAGCGCCUUUCUCAACGAGAAAAUAAUAUAGCUAGUAGCGAGGAGGCAGCUGGUGGCGGUCAUAGCGAAGCAGAAGAUGACGAAAUUCUAUUGAACGAACGUGGCCAAAUGUUGCAGAUGAAGUUAAGGGAACUGCAAAUGAAAAAACAGCAUAUGGAAAAUUUGGUGUCAGAAUUCCAAAAAUUACAAAUGGCCACUCGUCUUCCUACUACCCAUAACACCUAUUCGACUUCGGGCGAGGAAAGCGCCGAAGAUGAGCCACGGAAAUGCGUUAAAUCCGGGAACAAUAUUAAAAACGAAGAUCCGUUUAAGCUUAUGGAAAUAAAGGCAAUAAAAACUGCGCUUCAAAAGACCAAAGAUUUGAUGAGAUCCGUUGAAAACUACGAAGCUGAACAUCUACCAAGCGGCCACGAGACUUCUUAUCGUGAUAUUUCUGGUCCCUCUAAUAUUCAUGAUAAUAAAUCCGAGGGGGGUGGCAGUAUGAGUGGUUGGUCAAACGAGGGUAGUAUGUGUCGCGUGCGCAACACAUUACCACAGCGGCACAAGUUCACCAACGAGCAGCAACAUCGCCCGCAACAACAUCACUCCCAACAACAGCAGCUGCAACAACAUAUGCAACAACAACAAUUGCAACAACAGCAAAGUCACGAAGCCAACAUAGCGUCACUUCAAGAACUGGCGCAAGAAUUACGAAUGGAAACGGAAAAAAUUAUGGGAGAACGUGCUCGUAUUAAAGACAUGGUAUCUAAUAAAGAAGUGAGCCGCAAGCAGAAGAAGGUGAACGAGGAGGUGCUCGGCGGCGGUGGUGGCGGCUGCCCGGGGCCCGCCGAGCGCCGCCAGCUGCAGCUGCGCGCGCUGCUCGCCGACAAGCAGCGCGAGCUCGACGCGCUGCUCAACAAGGAGAAGGUUUUGUGCUCCGGGGCCGAGGUACAAAAGACAAAACCUGAAUCGCGUUCUGCGUCGAUUGUGAACCAGUCUUAUAACAGUGAACAUGAGGAGCCCGAGCCGCGAGCAGAACACACACUUCUGAGCUCUCAGAGUGCCAGGGAAACUGAGAACUUUAGGGGUAGUGGAGGCGACAGUAUGCUGAGCGGACGCGCCAUGCCUGCAGCGGUAGCACAUCUGGAAAAUACAUACGCCAGUGAUAGCGACAAUACUUCGAGAAAUAAAUCGAACCAAAGGAAUCGCCCUCGGCGGAGACAACCACAAGAGAGGCAGGCAGAUGAUAGUAACGGGUCUCAGUCGAACAUCACUUGUCAAAAUAUGCGCAGCGAACCAAGAAGUGAAGCUUCUAAUGUGAACAUGACGCAAUCGAUGUCCCAAAACGGUGACAACCCUAUCAAUGCGCCGUAUUUGCAUCUACCGCCUCCUUGUUGGAAUACGAAGUCCAAUCAGGAUGUACGGACGAAUCAAUUUACACAAAAUAGCCAUUCGCAGACCAUGGAGCGCCUGUUAGGAACACCACAGAUGUCGUUCCCACCAUCUAUGCCCUUCAACAUGAUGAUGCCUUAUGGUAUGGUGGGAAAUUGUGGGUGUGGCUGCGGAUUCUGGGGCGCGUGGUGUUGGCAACAACUCGUCAUGCAACAACGAGAGAUACAUCAACUCAGGGAGCAGCUUAAUCAUUUGGAGGAGCGUUGGAGAGCUGAAACUGCUUCUCACACGCUAAACAAUCAAGUGCCGCCUGGUAAUCGGGCUAAUAAUUACUGGGAUAACUUUAGAAGCUAUUCGCGUCAAAACCUCCUCUCAACUAAUAACAAAGCAAAUGCUGACGGGCACUUGAGCGUUGGGCCGCCUCACAAUCCACACCCUUUGGUGGAAAGAUCGCAUAAUACUUUACAUCACACAUCAACAGCACCGUCCCCAUGCGCUACACCAAAAAGGAAUACAAAUGCUAUCAGUUCUUUGCAAAUUUCUGGCCAAUCAUCGCAGCCAAAUAACGAUGAACCGUUAAAUCGGCAUCCACGUAGAAAUGUGACAUAUGAGAGAUCACUCUCUUUUUCAUCUGCACCAGAUGUUCUCAAUGUAAAUCAAAAUCCUGAUAAUGAAGUCACGACUGCUCCCCAUGCAAGAAACCCAGAGGACAUGAGUACAAUGACUGUCCCUAAUGUUAACAUAAACCGCCAAGAGUCUACCCCUGUUUCAUUUAGAAACUUAAAUAUUACAAAUCCAAUACCAGAAAUAAUACAAUCGCAUUCUAACAAUUUGAACACGCCUGCUAAUAGUAAGAAAAAAUCGUCCUCCAAGUUACCAGCUAAAAAUUCUACAAACAGACGCAAUUACACUUUAGACUACUCUCAGACAAGCAAUAUCAAUAUUGCAAGCACUUCAGAAAUGCCGAAUCCUAAUUUAGCAUCCACUAGCCGAGAAGAUAAGGCGACUUCGAAAUUGUUUGACCUCCUUAGAGAGAAUAUUUAUUCUGAAGUUACCGCUCUUAUUGGGGUAAAUGAAUCUCAUCCGGACUUUUUGAUACAACUGUUCAGAGAAUUGCAGUUAAUCAGUUCAGAUGCGUUACGACAAAAAGUACUACAGUCCAUACGUAAUGUUUUGUCGCAAUACAACUCUAUAAUGCAAUCUCAAGCAAAUGAGAGCGUGCAAGAAGAUCCGAGACCAGAAGCCGUGUCGACAACCUCUGCAGAAAUGAACAGUUACAAUGAAUGUAACCCGCACACAAUGCAAAAUAAUUGCACCAGCACAGUGCAAAUUGAUAAUAAAGUUGUUCGAUUUUUACUGUUAAAAAGCGAAGAAACUUGCACACCGGAGUUCCUAGAAGCGUUAGCAUCGCUUAUUCUUACUACGUUAGAGGGUAGAUACUCGCAACAAACAAAGCGUCGACUUCUUGAAGUACUGUCGAAAUAUGAUGGUAUGCGGGUUUGUGAUGUAUCAAGUGAUAUUAUUGAAAACUUGCCCUUAUUCGUGACAACUAAAUUAGAUGGAGAUUCUGCGACUCACAGCAAUGAGCUUUCCGAGUCCACUAUUCUACAAGAUGUCGCAGGAUCUUUAAACAUGUUUAGUUCAAGUGACACGCAACUACAUCAACUAAAUUCGUGCCCAUAUGAUAUUUGGCCAGGGCAUGUCCACGUAGACAUUGAUUCUACCGAUUUGAACGACAGUGGACCACGAUCCAAUCAAGAAGUCAAAGUCGAUUUAAUCAAUUGUUCUGAAAUGCAUAAUGGCGAUUUGGCUGAGGCCGACCAAACGUGCCACACGGAGAUAGAAGAGGUUGGAGUCAACGGUCACGAAGAAGUAGGGGCCAAUGCGGAAGCUUUGCCUGAUGUAGUAGACACUGAGGAAGUUACUCCGACAGAGGCGGAAGCGGAAUGGCUUGGGCUUGACCGUGUACCAACAAGGCUGCAUAUGGAAGAAUCAUCUGGAAAACAAAAAGGUGAUUUUAAAGUAAUACAUUAAAACGUUGUAAACACUCAAACAUACCAUUAUCUGGUAUUAUUUGUUUGAGUGUAUCCUGGAAAAUAAACAUG